AUUUGUAAACUUGACAUCAGUCUGUCCUUUUCUUUCUUUGAAAAGCAUGACAAGGACAGACUGUUGUCAAGUAAAUAAAUAGUAAACAUGGAUAAUUAAGUGACAUAAUCACUGGUGUCGAUUCUGGCAUGAUUCCUAAAACUUAAAAAAAAUUACAUCAGUCUCUCCUUUUCAUUUUGUACAGAGAAUGACAGAGAUACACUUGUUGUCAAAAAGUUAAGAUUUACAGAAUCAUGUCAGAAUCUACCUUCACCAAUGUCUGUAAUCUGUGUGGCGGACUGGCGGAUUGGCGGUUGAUUUAUGAAAAAGUUAAGAAGCUGGUAGGAACAAUUUUGUUUAGUACCUACUGAGGAAAUAAAUGUCGAAGCGGUAUUUUACGGUUCUUACAAAACUUCUUCAUAAAACUAUUUGUGACCCUGCAAAGUCUCAUCAUCAUGGCUUCUGCAACACCGGGAAGAGAUUGGCAGCUCGGUUGUAUGGAGUUGAAGCAGAGAGGAGCUCAUUUACUGCAGUCAAGUCAAUGGUCUGACUGCUCGUUCUUGGUGGGAUCAGAUUCCAAUCGGAUUACCAUCAAAGCCCACAAACUUGUUCUAGCAUGUGCAUCGCCAGUGUUCGAGGCCAUGUUUUACGGUGGUAUGGCCGAAAAAGACGGUCCCGUUGAAAUUUUAGAUGUAGAGCCUGAAGCAUUCGAAACACUUCUGCGCUACAUUUAUACAGAUAAGGCUGAGAUAAGUUCUUUUGAAAGAGCUUGUUCAGUGUAUUAUAGUGCUAAGAAAUAUAUGUUACCAUAUUUGGAAAAAGAGUGCACUUGGUACAUAUCCUUAAAUCUUAACCCAAAAAAUGUGUGCCGCGCCUAUGAAUUAGCUCAGCUUUUCGAGGAAAAGCUACUGAUGGAUAAGUGCGUAAAGAUAUUGACAAAUAGCACCAAAGAAGUCAUAAAUGAGGAUAGUUUUGAGGAGGCAGAUAUUGGCACACUUCUGACUCUGCUCUCCCAGGAUACACUAAGUAUAGAUAAUGAGCUGGACUUGUUCCAUGCCAUUGAGAAGUAUGCUAACAUCCACACAAGCAGAAAAAGGAGUCUAGACAUCAGUGACAGUCUCAAAAAAUGUCAUACAAAGAAACCUAGACAGAGCCUGGAUGCACUGGGGGAAGCUCUUGUCAAUAUGUUUGAAGUGACAAAAGAAUUUCAAGAACACAAUAUGGAAGUGAACAAUAAUAGAACACCAACAAAGACAUUGGAUCAUCAGGCAGGCCCUGUAGAAGCUCCUUUCAGUAAAGAUAAUCAAAAUAGUGCCUGUGACAGUAACAACAAUGAUGCAAGCUUGUCGUGUUCUCUCGAUAGUGAAAACAGUGACACGGUGCGAUGGGACUUGCGGCCGGCCGUGUGCAAGAUUCGUUUCCUGACGCUGACGGCAGCGCAGUUCGCGGGCGGUCCGGCGCGCUCGGUGCUGCUGUCGCAGGCGGAGUCGUUCGCGGUGCUGAUGAACAUCCUCUCCAGCCAGGCGCCCGUGCCAAUGCCUCAAGGGUUCUCCACUUCGCGAACCAUUAGGAGCCAGCAAUUGGUGCCUCAAGAGCCUGAGGCGGAGAGCGCCAGCGAGGUAGUGUUCAGGUUCACGGUGCUGAACUUCAAGACGCGCCGCCGCUCCGUGGAGUCGCGCCCAUUCAGCUACCUCGACAUGCAGUGGAGCAUAAAGAUAGUACCCCGCUUCGAGACCGACACCUACGGGCUGGAGUUCAAAUACUUCGGACUAUACCUCAAAUGCGCGGGUCGCAGUGGGAGCGCCUGGUCGGCCAAGGUCCGCGCGCGCGUGACGCUGGUGUCGCACGACCGCGCGCGGGCCUGUGUGAUCAGAGCGACGUGUAUAAUGUUGGCACAUGUAUUGGCGUAGAUGCGCGGGUCGCAGUGGGAGCGCCUGGUCGGCCAAGGUCCGCGCGCGCGUGACGCUGGUGUCGCACGACCGCGCGCGGGCCUGUGUGAUCAGAGCGACGUGUAUAAUGUUGGCACAUGUAUUGGCUUAGAUGCGCGGGUCGCAGUGGGAGCGCCUGGUCGGCCAAGGUCCGCGCGCGCGUGACGCUGGUGUCGCACGACCGCACGCGGGCGCCCGUCGCCGCUGACCUCAACCGGACCUUUACCAGCAAGGAAUGCGUGUGGGGUUUCGAGCGGUUUGUAUCGUGGGAGGAUGCCAUGAACCCCGAGCGAGGCCUGGUGAAGAGCAACGCUAUCACCAUAGAGGCCCAUCUUGUCGCCGAAUAACAAUAUUAGGGGCUGUAGUACGAUCCAAUGCAAAGAACAGGAAUAUCCGAAAUAUUAGCAGGUACGAUUACAUCAUAUAAUGAGGGCAACCGUUUUCUGCCUCACCAGAUGGCGCCAGUGAGGAGUGAAGUCCUGAAUUGUAACUUUCAAAGUUUAUUAAUGCGCACGUGAAAUCAAUGUUUACAUUUAAAUCAUAUAAUACAAAAGAGCCGUAUCGUAAAAUUAAUCGUCCAUGCCACAGUGAUGCGUAGUUCCAUUUUGUUGGGAAAAAAAGGAGGACAUGAUAUUUUUUCUUAGCUCCUUAGCUUUUAAAUAACUAACUUUCAUUGCCACGUAACUCAUAUAUGCCAUAAUUGAGCCGAGUUAUUGCUAAAUAUUCACAACAUUAUUUUAAUCAGACAUAAACCGGCUUAGUUAACCUACAUCCUACAUUU